CAAUGCGGAUCAACUCACGUUUCUUGACGUUGAGCGUUCUUGUUUUUAAAAGUAUCCAACCAAAACGACGUUUGCGCUUUCAAGCAAUGUACAGCCUCGUGCGAACAGACGAACAGCGAACUGUAACCAGCUUUCAUCCAAUAAUAACAGCUUUUUAACAGCUUUACUUUAGCUGUGAUAAGAUUAAACGUCUGGAGGAGAUAUCCGGCGCCAUAUGGUUAAGUAAACUAUUGCAUCACAUCUGUUAUGGAUGAAGAAGGUAUUUCCUCCUUGACUGACAUUUGCGUGACCUGGAUUUGCCAUAAUGUGGAAGUACUUUGUGUUUCACAAAAAGACGGCUCGCUGCAGAUCCGCCACUGCCCUUUGUUUCCUCAAGAACUGGCCGACCAGCUACUGCACAAACUGGCUGAUGAGGGGGUCCUCGAUGACAAAACCGUGGGCAUUUUUCAGAAUCUGGAAGCUCUGCGGUUGAGACGAGCAUACAUCCGGUCCUCACGUGUCUCGGCCGAGGCCUUCAGACUGUCCCUGUGUCCUCACAAACUGCAGGAACUAAAUGCUUCCCAUAUUCAUAGUGACAUUACCAUCUCAGACAUUCUCCAUAAUCUUUCCUCCAACAAAGACUGCAGACAAGGCCUUCAUACACUGCUCAUGAAUGGCUUAAAUCUGUACGGUGAAACAGGUGAGCUCGGUCAGGCCAGAUUUAGCGCUCUCCGGGGCUUGAAGAAUCUCUCCGUAGCCUGGACGGAUCUGGAUGACACAGGACUAGAAGAUAUCUGCUCCCUGCCCAUGCUGGAGAGCUUGGAUGUCUCUGGUGCAAACAUCACAGAUCUAACGCCGCUGCUGAACUGUCAGUCAAGGCUUAGAUCACUGACUGUUCAUGGACUACAAAAGUUGGAGAUGUCAACCGCCAGCCUGCUCUCGGUGCUGGACAAGCUGCACGUGUUGAGACAUCUGGACAUCUCCAACGACAGACUGGUAACGGAUGUAGACAGUCUGGUCCAGCAGCUUCUGGAGCGGCCAGGCAUUCUUCCUCACCUUGUGUCCUUGGAUGUGUCUGGCUGGAAGGGAGUCGGCGAUGCUGCUGUUCAGGCAUUCAUGGAGGCGAGACCGGGUAUGAGAUUCAUUGGACUGCUGGCCACAGGUGCGGACGGCUCUGAGCUGAUGUCGACAGGUGGAGAUCUGAAGGUGGCUGGAGAGGCAAACCUGAGUCAAGUGUGUGAGGCCUUGAGGAGAUACAGUGAGCAAGAAAGUCUCUUACGGGAGGUUCUCGUUCAUCUCUACAAGUACACCAGUGAGAUGGAGCGAUCUCAACCAGACAUUUUAAAGCUGGUUUCAGAUGGAAUGAGACACCACACGGAUUCUCUGCAUGUUCAGCUUGUUGCCACUGCGUGUGUUUUUAACCUCACCACACUGGAACUGGUGCAGGGAAUGCCCUUACAUCUGCUGGAAACUGUAGUUCAGCAACUGCUCACAGCCGUGAAGAACUUUCCGAACUAUGAGCAGUUACAGAAGAAUUGUCUGCUGACCUUGUGCAGUGACCAUAUCUUACAGGUUGUCCCAUUUGAUAGAUAUGAGGCCACUAAACUGAUGAUGAUGCUCCUGGAGAAUCAUGAAGAUCAGACACUGCAGAGAAUGGCGGUGGCUGUUGUCUCCAUACUGGUGGCGAAGCUGAGUACAGAAGAGAUCUCAGAGCUGGGUGCAGAGGUAUUUAUCAUGAAGCUACAGCAGUUGCUCAGUAUUGUCCAGCAGAAGGCCUCACUGGGUGUUGUGGACUCCACUCUGAAGUUCGCAUUGAGCGCUCUGUGGAACCUGACCGACGAGACGCCCACCGCCUGCCGUCAUUUCAUCCAGUGUAAAGGAGUGGAGCUCUAUAUGGAGCUGCUGGAGUCUUACUUCUCUGAGUCCUCCAUCCAGCAAAAGCUCCUUGGCCUUCUGAAUAAUGUAGCAGAGGUGGAGGAGCUGCGGGUGGAGCUGCAGGAUGAAGAGCUGGUAGAGCACUUACUCACUCUCUUGAUCAACCCUGCGGUGGACGUGGACGUCAGUUACUUCGCUGGGGGAAUCCUGGCUCACCUCGCCUCCGGCAUGGGACCCGUGUGGGGUCUGGAUGCUGAGCUGCACCGCACCGUGUUGGACAAACUGCACUCCUCUAUCUUGACAUGGAGCUUUCCACAGCGCGAGAUGGUUUCUUAUCGGACGUUGCAGCCCUUCUAUCAGUUGUUACAGGUGUCUCAGUAUUCUGGUGUUCAGCUCUGGGCUCUGUGGGCCGUACAGCUCGUGUGCAGUCAGAACGCUGCUCAGUACUGCAGUAUGCUCCACACUGAAAGAGGAACAGAUAUACUGAAGGUCCUGAGUUCUCAUCCGAACACGCACAGUGACGUCAAGAGCCUGGUGGACAAUAUCCUAACAAUGCUGGAGCAGUAUCUUCAUCUUGUAGGUCCAGGAUCGAAACACCCCGCUAAUGUCCCGGGCGUUUCAUAAAGCAGCAUAAAGUUAGCAAACUAUUAUGAAAAUUAGAGGAAUUGGCCUCGACAACUGACCUCCAGCUGCUGUGUAGCAUGAGACAUCAGUAAAACACUGAACAUUCACCUGAUUGCUCAAAAAUGCACUGAGAGCAUAGAGAAGAUGCUGUUUAAAUGGGACAUGCCAAUAUAUAUACACCUAAAAGAGACAUUUUAAAUCUCUGAAUGUAUAUGUGAUUCAUUUCUGGCCAUUAGUUGGAACUAAGCCAACAAGAGACUUCUCAAGCACCUAAAGGAUGUCAAAACCUUAAACACAGUGAAAGAAUAAAGGUUUUUAGUCACAAUCUGGGGUCCCUUAGAAGCCACACUGACAGAGCUUGAUAAGACUGUUGAUAAAAAUAUAGCUGCAAGCUGCAAUUACUGGGGUUUGAGCGGUUUAAAGCAUUUGAGGCAUCUUUGCCGUUGUCGACUACGCUCAUCUAUCAGAAAGGUUUUAAACAAUAAUUUAAAGGCAUAAAGUGUUUGAUAAAACAUCCUGUUCAAGUCAGCAAGGGACUGUAGCAUUUCAGUCAAUAUACAGUAGACUACACCAAUACACAGGACUGUAAACAGCCUAUACUGUAUGUGCAUGGAACAUGGAAAAGACACUUCGCAGACCACCACCUGAAUCAUUGUAAUGGCAGAGGACAAUCGGCUCCCCAGAUGUGCUGCAAAAGGAGAAAUGGGUGUGGUCACAGUAAUUGUUAUUAACAUACUUUUUUUGGUGCCGGGGACAAGUGGAAAUAAGCAUAUCUCUUUAUGAUGUAAAACAUAACUUUUGAUUUAUUAUUAGUUAGUGGUUUAUUAAUCAAGCAAUUAUUAAUCAAAAUUUGCAUGAUGUCCGACAAACCUUGUAUUUGGAGCAAGUUGGGACCCGGUAAGGACACAGGUUGCAUGUCACUAUGUUGCACGUAUGCAAAGUUUUUUUUCUUACGGUGGGUGACAGCUGAAGCUGAAUGAGGAAUUUAAACAGACUCAUGCCUGUCAAACAGACUUUAAAUCCGCAUCUCGGGCACGCUUGGCAAUCAAACUGCGUUCUGUGCCUGAGCAACAAACAAGAAAUACUCAAAACAUUUUUCUAAACUAACGUAAUAAAGAAAGGAAAUCCG